CACUCACAAAACCCAUGGUGGUAACUGGCUCCCUCCCUGGACUUGGAAGCCCAUCUUCCCGAAUCUCCAUCUCAGGACCUGCAUGCCUGUGCUUUGCUCUCAGACACCUGCUGAUGAGGACAGGAUUGAGGCUGGGGGGUCUGUCCCCCUCUCCUUGAACCCAGGCUAACUCUGCCUUCUAUAAGCACAGCCAGCCUUGGCCUGGACCCCACCAUCUUGUGGCUGCCUGUCUCCUACCAACCACCCUUUUCCCUGAGUCAGAGCAGCUGGUGAUCCAGAAGAGAAGGUGCCCCCCUCAUCGGGAGUCUCCCCCAGCCCCACCCCCACAUGACAGGCAUGCACAUGGUAGCUGUUUUGAACAGGUGAAGGGCCAGCCCAGUGGAAGAGCAGCUUCUCUUCCUCUGGCUUCCUGAUUUUCCCCAGUUGCCAUGGUAAUUGAGGGGAGCAGUAUUCCGAGUCUGACUCUGAUAGCACUGAAGCCCAGCGCUCAACUUUGAAAUGGUUCAGGCAGGGGAAGCUGGACCCAGGCUGAAUGCUUCCCUGGGACACCCUAUUCAGCCUUUAUGCUCCUGUUCUGAUUCUCAUCAUGGUUAUUAUUACUUGGGGCUACUGUUUACUGAGCAUUUACUAUAUGCCAGGUUCUAUGCCAAGAGCUUCCCCAGCCAGCAUCACCUCGCUGUCGGCAUCUUUACAAUGACCCCGGGGCUGUUUCACCACUGGGAAAACAGGCUCUGGACUUAGCACCAUGUGGCACAGUCCGGAGGUGGCAGAACCCUGGGGCUGAGAGGGAAUUUCUCGUGUGUUCCUUCCAGUGUGUUGAAGACAAACAGAAGGCUACGCAGCCACCUCUCUGCCAGCAUCUUCCCUCUUUCCUCCCCUCCUCAUCCCCACACCCCUUUUUCUGUCCCCCGAAGUCACACCCCCUUCUCCUGGUGCUUGAUGUGAAAAACGAUUAGAAAAGCAUUUAUUAGUGACAAAGUGGGGGAUUCCUUUUUGCCUCUUCAAGCCAUCUAGAGCCAGGUGCUGUGUGUGUGUGUCUCUGUGUGUGUGUAUUCUCUUUCCCUGGUUUUCUCCCAUUUUCCCAAGAGUGUGUGAGCAGCAGCAGCAACAGUGAAAUGCAAAAUUCUUUGCAAUCUGCCCGGGAAAAGACAGCUUUUGAGCCGGGUUUAUAUGGUUACCCAUAUGUUAGGGCCCCUAAGAAAGGAAGGAAAGCUUGUUUCUCUGCCUCCUCCCCUCCUCCCAGCCCAGGCCUGGGCGUCUCCAACCCGCAGGUUUACCUGCAGCUUUUCCAGGCCACAGGUGAGCAAGCCUGCGCCCUCCCGUCCUUCCCCCUCGCCAGCUGUCAGGACUAAGCGCUACUCAGGGGAGGAAGGCCAGAACAAGGCAGCAUUUCCACCACCGGCCUCCUCUCUUCCUGUCUAACCACCCAAGAGCCAGAGCCAGAAUUCAGGCUGGGGUGUCUUUUGGCCUUGUCUAGAGUGAAAGGCAGCGCAUCCCACUGUCCCAUUGAGGAACGUUACCCCAAGGCUGAUGGAGAGGCAGAAAUAAACAUCUCUGCUUUCCACGGGGCCCUCUCUGCCCAAAGAGAGCUGCCCUGUGGCUACUACAUGAGCCCCCUCCAGGCUCCCAGAAAUUGUCAUGGGGUGUGUGUGUGUGUGUGUGUAUGUGUGUGUUUCCUGAUAGAAAAAAGAUGGAAAUUAGGUUAUAUAAAAGAUGUAUGUUUUGGAGCCCAGAGCGGCUCUUUUAAUGAGGGUUGCGACGUCUCCCUCCCCGCACCCAUAAACCAGCCGGGUUGGACGUCACCGCUAAUUUGUUUCAGCGAUGAUAGGAUAAAGGAGGGACAUUAAGAAAUAAAUUCCCCCUCACGACCCUCGCUGAGCUCACGGCUCUGCCCCUACAUAUUUAUGCCGCGUUUCCGGCCUCUGGGCGAGGAGCUACUUAGCCCCGGGGCUGCUCCAAGGGGCAGCCAGGCGGCGAGCGGCUGCCGGGAGGACGGGGAAAGUCCCUUUGGUAAGUUCUGGCUGAAGCCAGUAUGGGGUAGAAGCAAGCUGGGGGCCCCCACCUCCCGAAGAGCUCACCUUCAAGUACCUUCUUGAAUUAAAGAAUGGAGCCCAGUGCCAAACUAGAACACUCAAGAGAUCUGGAGGUCCCAGCUGUCUCUGCCUUCAACUAAACAGUGAGCAUCCUGGGUUUGGUACCCAGAAGAAAUGGGUACCAUGAGAGCUCCGGGAGAGUUAAGGAAACCAGAGCCCAGGGUGGGGGUGGGUAGGGAGGUGGACCAAUCCACCCCAGUGAGGAAAGACAUAGCAGUUCGGGCUGGUUUUCUCUGCAAGCCAGAAGGCCGGCAGCAAGAUGCCGAAAGACACUCAGCCUGUCAACACACGGGCCACACAGGCUCACACACACAGCAGAGAAAUGACACAGCAGGAGGGUGAUGCAUGAAUACACAGACACACACACACACACACACACACACACACACACACAGCGACGCCAGAUGGAGAAAGCAGCCCAGGCUGGGUCUGGGUAUUCAUGACUCCCUCACCCACACAGAGGGGCUGGCAGAGUUACAUAACGCAAGCUGCAAAAGGGAGAGGCUGAACUUGCUAACCACUGCCCUCCCUUGAGGGGAUCUGGGAGGUAGUGCCUCUUUCUCGGGGUGCAGGGAGAGUCAUCCUCACCCACUCCCUGCUUUCAGAGGCGGCAGGAGUUUAUCGGCUGCCUCAGCCCUGGGGUGACCCCGGAAACCCGCUAAAAGGGAAACAAGGGAGUGUUGCUUUGUCAGUAGCGGUGGAUAAGGGCUCCCUCCUUGGGUGAAGGAGUUUUGAGGAUGCUGAUGGCAAGGGGUGCCAGGGCAGAGAGGAAACUGAGGCUGGAGCUGGGGGUAGGAAAAGAGAUGAAGGGAUUUUCUGCUACCUCCCACCCCGCCCCACUCCACCCAUAACCCACAGGUCACCUGCCCCAACCCAGACAUAAGAUGUGCUUCCAUGCUGCUCAUUGGGCCCAUGCCAUGGAUGCACACACCUCACCUGGGCUACAGCAUCUUCAGGUGGCCUCCAUGUGGUCCUUUGAUACUCCAGCCGCUUCUCUGAGUCUGGCGAAGCUGGUGGGAGUCGCAAAAGUCACUGGAUUAUAAAUUGUUAAAAAACUAGAGUAUUUAAAAUCUCAGACUCAAGAAUGGAGCAGAUCUGAGUUCAAAUCCUCCCCCCACCAUCCUUAUCCACCUGACCUUGGACAAGUCACUGGACCUUCCCAAGUUGCAGUCUUCUCGUCUGUUGAAGAGUUAACUGUGAAGAUCAAAGGAGGAAAAAAAUACACAGAUGGAGUGUGGCCAAGUCUGUCCUUUUGAAUCUGAAAUAAGUGAAUCAUUACAAAAAUGACGGUCCUAAAGUCCAGCUGACCUCACUCAUCCGUGGUUCUGUAGAAGGAAGACCCGGAUCGGAUCUGCCUCUGGCGGGCUGACGAUGCCCAGUGGAUAGUCCAUGCUAGCAUGCGUCACCCCUAGGCACAGCCACCAGACACGUCUCCUCCGGGAUCCGCCUGACCUGCGGCAUAGGGACUCAUCCCACUGCUUCCCCUGACGUCUGCCUGAUCAACCAUCACUUCCUUAGAGACCGAGGAAGGAGGCAGACGCAGGAAAUCAUGCCACCGACGGCCCAACAGCAAUGAGCGAGUGACGCUGAGUUGACGUCAGAGGCACAGAAGACCAGCACGAGAGCAGCUCCCCGUCCCGGCUGCAGCCCCGCAGCACCAGCCCCCGGCUCCUCCUCCCGGCGCGGCCUGAAGCCCAGCCGCUCCUGGGGACCUGACCUUGGCCAGACCCGUUUUGAGGUCUGUGGACCCUUGGACACUAUACACCAUGGAGAGCCAUAUGUUCAGCGUUCAGCAGAUCCAACCCAAUGUCAUUUCUGUCCGCCUCUUCAAGCGCAAAGUUGGGGGCCUGGGGUUCCUGGUGAAGGAGAGGGUGAGCAAGCCACCCGUGAUCAUCUCUGACCUGAUCCGAGGGGGCGCCGCGGAGCAGAGCGGACUCAUCCAGGCUGGGGACAUCAUUCUCGCCGUCAAUGGCCAGCCCUUGGUGGACCUGAGCUACGACAGCGCCCUGGAGGUGCUCAGGGGGAUUGCCUCCGAGACCCACGUGGUGCUCAUCCUCAGGGGCCCCGAGGGCUUCUCCACGCACCUGGAGACCACCUUCACCGGGGACGGGACCCCCAAGACCAUCCGGGUGACCCGGCCCCUGGGUCCCCCCACAGCAGCCGUUGACCUGUCCCACCAAGCGUCAGCCAGCAGAGAGCAGAUGCUGGUGGUGGACGGGGCCACAGGACCCGGCAAUGGGCCCCAGCAUGCGCCAGACCCGGGGCAGGAAGCCGGCUCCCUCGCCCAUGCCAACGGCCUGGCUGCCAGGCCCCCAGGCCAGGACCCAGCCAAGAAAAGUACUGGGGUCGCCCUCCAGGGCAGCGGGGAGAACAAUAAACUGCUCAAAGAGAUAGAGCCUGUCCUGAACCUUCUUACCAGUGGGGGCAAAGCGAUCAAUGGAGGGGGACCUGCCAAGACAGAGACCAAGGACGUGGAAAUCCAGGUGGACAGAGACCUGGACGGCAAAUCACACAAACCUCUGCCCCUCGGCGUGGAGAACGACCGAGUCUUCAGUGACCUGUGGGGGAAGGGCAGCAUGCCCGUCGUCCUCAACAACCCAUACUCAGAGAAGGAGCAGCCCCCUGCCUCGGGAAAACAGUCUCCCACGAAGAAUGGCAGCCCCUCCAAGUGCCCUCGCUUCCUCAAGGUCAAGAACUGGGAGACCGACGUGGUUCUCUCUGACACCCUCCACCUCAAGAGCACGUUGGGAACGGGAUGCACUGAGCACAUCUGUAUGGGGUCCAUCAUGCUCCCUUCUCAGCAAAUACGAAAGCCUGAAGACGUCCGCACAAAAGAACAGCUCUUUCCUCUUGCCAAAGAGUUCAUUGAUCAGUACUACUCAUCAAUUAAAAGGUUCGGCUCCAAAGCCCACAUGGAGAGGCUGGAAGAGGUGAACAAAGAGAUCGAAACCACCAGCACCUACCAGCUCAAGGACACAGAGCUCAUCUACGGGGCCAAGCAUGCCUGGCGGAACGCCUCCCGCUGCGUCGGCAGGAUCCAGUGGUCCAAGCUGCAGGUGUUUGAUGCCCGAGACUGUACCACUGCUCAUGGGAUGUUCAACUACAUCUGUAACCACAUCAAGUAUGCCACCAACAAAGGGAACCUCAGAUCUGCGAUCACCAUAUUUCCCCAGAGGACCGACGGCAAGCACGACUUCCGCGUUUGGAACUCCCAACUCAUCCGCUACGCUGGCUAUAAGCAGCCCGAUGGCUCCAUCCUGGGGGACCCAGCCAACGUGGAGUUCACGGAGAUCUGCAUACAGCAGGGCUGGAAACCCCCACGAAGCCGCUUCGAUGUCCUGCCGCUCCUGCUCCAGGCAAACGGCAACGACCCAGAGCUCUUCCAGAUCCCUCCAGAGUUGGUGCUGGAAGUCCCCAUCAGGCACCCCAAGUUCGAGUGGUUCAAGGACCUUGGACUGAAGUGGUACGGCCUCCCUGCAGUGUCCAACAUGCUCCUGGAGAUCGGCGGCCUGGAGUUCAGCGCCUGUCCCUUCAGCGGCUGGUACAUGGGCACAGAGAUUGGCGUCCGCGACUACUGCGACAGCUCCCGAUACAACAUCCUGGAGGAUGUGGCCAAGAAGAUGAACUUGGACAUGAGGAAGACAUCCUCUCUGUGGAAGGACCAGGCACUGGUGGAGAUCAAUAUUGCAGUUCUGUACAGCUUCCAGAGUGACAAGGUGACCAUCGUCGACCACCACUCCGCCACUGAGUCCUUCAUUAAGCACAUGGAGAAUGAAUACCGCUGCCGGGGGGGCUGCCCCGCUGACUGGGUGUGGAUCGUGCCCCCCAUGUCUGGCAGUAUCACCCCCGUCUUCCACCAGGAGAUGCUCAACUACCGGCUCACACCCUCCUUCGAAUACCAGCCUGACCCUUGGAACACCCAUGUCUGGAAAGGCACCAACGGGACCCCCACAAAGCGGCGAGCCAUCGGCUUCAAGAAGCUGGCAGAAGCCGUCAAGUUCUCAGCCAAACUGAUGGGGCAGGCUAUGGCCAAGAGGGUCAAAGCUACCAUCCUUUAUGCCACAGAGACGGGCAAGUCGCAGGCUUAUGCCAAAACCUUGUGUGAGAUCUUCAAACAUGCUUUUGAUGCCAAGGUGAUGUCCAUGGAAGAAUAUGACAUUGUACACCUGGAACAUGAAACUCUGGUCCUGGUGGUUACCAGCACCUUUGGCAAUGGAGACCCCCCUGAAAAUGGGGAGAAAUUUGGCUGUGCUCUGAUGGAAAUGAGGAACCCUAACUCUGUGCACGAGGAAAGGAAGUACCCGGAACCCUUGCGUUUCUUUCCCCGUAAAGGGCCUCCCCUCUCCCGUGGUGACAGAGAAGUCCACGGUCUGGCUGCAGUUCGUGACAGCCAGCGCAGGAGCUACAAGGUGCGUUUCAACAGCGUUUCCUCGUACUCCGACUCCCGCAAAUCAUCAGGUGAUGGGCCAGACCUCAGAGACAACUUUGAGAGCACUGGACCCCUGGCCAACGUGAGGUUCUCUGUGUUCGGCCUUGGCUCGCGGGCAUACCCUCACUUCUGCGCCUUUGGACACGCCGUGGACACCCUCCUGGAAGAGCUUGGAGGAGAGAGGAUCUUGAAGAUGAGGGAGGGGGACGAGCUUUGUGGGCAGGAAGAGGCUUUCAGGACCUGGGCUAAGAAGGUCUUCAAGGCAGCCUGUGACGUGUUCUGCGUGGGUGAUGACGUCAACAUCGAGAAGGCGAACAACUCCCUCAUCAGCAAUGACCGCAGCUGGAAGAGGAACAAGUUCCGUCUCACCUACGUGGCGGAAGCUCCGGAACUCACACAAGGUCUAUCCAAUGUCCACAAAAAGCGGGUCUCAGCCGCUCGACUCCUCAGCCGCCAAAACCUUCAGAGUCCAAAAUCCAGUCGAUCGACCAUCUUCGUGCGUCUCCACACCAAUGGGAGUCAGGACCUGCAGUACCAGCCCGGGGACCACCUGGGCGUCUUCCCUGGCAACCACGAGGACCUGGUGAAUGCCCUGAUCGAGCGGCUGGAGGAUGCCCCCCCUGCCAACCAGCUGGUGAAGGUGGAGCUGCUGGAGGAGCGGAACACGGCUUUGGGGGUUAUCAGUAACUGGACCGAUGAGCAUCGCCUGCCGCCCUGCACCAUCUUCCAGGCCUUCAAGUACUACCUGGACAUCACCACGCCUCCGACGCCGCUGCAGCUGCAGCAGUUUGCCUCCCUGGCCACCAGUGAGAAGGAGAAGCAGCGUCUGCUGGUCCUCAGCAAGGGUCUGCAGGAGUACGAGGAAUGGAAAUGGGGCAAGAACCCCACUAUCGUGGAAGUGCUGGAGGAGUUCCCGUCCAUCCAGAUGCCCUCCACCCUGCUCCUGACCCAGCUGUCCCUGCUGCAGCCUCGCUACUAUUCCAUCAGCUCCUCCCCGGACAUGUACCCCGACGAGGUGCAUCUCACCGUGGCCAUCGUCUCCUACCGCACCCGAGAUGGAGAAGGACCAAUUCACCACGGCGUGUGCUCCUCCUGGCUCAACCGGAUCCAGGCUGACGAAGUGGUGCCCUGUUUCGUGAGAGGAGCGCCCAGCUUCCACCUACCCCAAAAUCCCCAAGUGCCCUGUAUCCUGGUUGGCCCAGGCACUGGCAUCGCCCCCUUCCGGAGCUUCUGGCAGCAGCGGCAAUUUGAUAUCCAACACAAAGGAAUGAGCCCCUGCCCCAUGGUCCUGGUCUUCGGGUGCCGGCAGUCCAAGAUAGACCACAUCUACAGGGAGGAGACCCUGCAGGCCAAGAGCAAGGGGGUCUUCAGAGAACUGUACACGGCCUACUCCCGGGAGCCAGACAAACCAAAGAAGUACGUGCAAGACAUCCUACAAGAGCAGCUGGCAGAACCCGUGUAUCGAGCCCUGAAGGAGCAAGGGGGCCACAUCUACGUGUGCGGGGAUGUCACCAUGGCAGCCGAUGUCCUCAAAGCCAUCCAGCGCAUCAUGACGCAGAAGGGCAAGCUCUCGGUGGAGGACGCUGGCGUGUUCAUCAGCAGGCUGAGGGAUGACAACCGCUACCAUGAGGAUAUUUUCGGGGUCACCCUGCGCACGUAUGAAGUGACCAACCGCCUUAGAUCUGAAUCCAUUGCCUUCAUUGAGGAGAGCAAGAAAGACACCGAUGAGGUUUUCAGCUCCUAACUGGACCCUCUUGCCCAGACGGAUGGCAGGGUGGCUGACCCAUUGCACUCGGCCAGGGUGGCUGUUUUUGUGAGCACGGACACUGCUGAACCUGCCCUUCGGCACCCCCACGUGGCCCCCGCUCUGCCUCUCGUCCCGUCGCCGUGUCCUGGUCCUCCUCUCCCCGGUUCUCACCUCUCAGUGGUUUCCCGGCCCACUUGGGUUUUCUCCUUGAGUUUUCGUGCUGCAGUGCAAUGCGUUUAUAAUCCGCAGUGGCUCUUACAAAACUGUCUCCCCACCCACCCCCUUCUCUCUGUCUUUCCGACAAGGGCAAAUCACGGGUGCACGAAACCACUGGAACGUGGCCAGGGCUCGGGUUAGGGUGUUUUCUGGGGUUUGCCCUGGAGAGGCUGCAGGGACCAGACAGAAGAGUUUUUUGAGCUAGUCCCUCAGCCAUUCGAAUCCCACCCGAUCCUUUUUUAUGAUGACGUUCCGGUCGUGCGUGUGUGUGUGUGUGUGUGCGUGCGCACGUGUGAUGGGCCUGGGUCUC